AUGCCGACUAAAGCUAAGUUUUUGUAUUUCCAGGAACCAUUAGAUAUGGAACCUGAAGAGCCCAUCACCCCUUCAAGUGGACCCACAACCCAGGUGAGCAGCAGCAAUGGGGCUACAGCAAGUGCAGGGAGCCAAGUGAAGUGGAAGAAAGAAGUGCUCUCUGAUAUUGAAGUAGAAGCUGAAAAUGGAAAAAGGCCGACACAAGAGAAGACUACUGCCAAUCGUCCAUGUAAAGAACACUCAUUUCUGACGGAUGUAGCUGAUGUUCGAAUGAUGGAACAAGGGUUAUUACAACUUUUAGAUGAUUUUCACUCUGGCAAAUUACAGGCUUUUGGAGUGGACUCAUCAUGUGAAAAAAUGGACCAAAUAAGAGAACAACAAGAACGACUGGCACGACUACAUUUUGAUUUGGAUCUUCAACAGGAUCUUCACAGGUUAGAUACUGAUAUGGCAAGAAAAACAGCCAAUGAGAAUCUGGGAAAAUUAAUUGAUCAGCUGCAGUGUCUGAGCACAUCUAUACAAACUCUACAGAAGAAUGACACCCCAGCUCCCUCCUCGACAAAUCCUUGA